UUCAAUUUUAAUAAUAAUUUGUUGAUCUUUAAUUUAUUUAUUUAAUUAUUAUUUUCUGUACUCUAGUCUUGUAAUAUUAAAUUAUAGGUGAAUAGUUUUAUUUAAUUGAAAAUUAUCUACAAAAAUGUUUAAAAAGUAAGUCAAAUCACCUUUUUAUAGAGCAAUGUUUAGAUAAUAUUGUUUUUAUUUUGAAAAAUAUUUGCAGUAUAAUUUUAUGUUUUAAUUUUUAAAUGCAUUUGUGUUUUACUUGGGGAUAUGACAAGGUGUUGGGUAUAGAAUAUAAUUAUAAAAUUAAAAUAGAUGUAUUUAUUCAGGAAGUACUUAGUUAAAAUGAAAAUGUUAAUAUACUAGAAGUACCUAGUACAGAAAAAAAAAAUAUUUUGUAAAAGAAUAUAUUGAGAGGAGAAGAAAAAUUUGGGUAUUAAAAAAAAUAAGGUUAUGUAGGUUAUGCAUUAUAACAUAAAAAAAAAAAAAAAAUAGUUAUUUACUUGUGUGGGAUAGAUUAAGAGAAAAAAUAACUCAAAUUUAAAUAAUUUUUGUUAAAUUGUUAUUUACUAUUUCAGAUUUGACGACAAAGAUAGUGUUAUAGGCGUUCAACAAUUAAAAUCGUCUGUUCAAAAAGGUAUUAGAACGAAAAUUAUCGAUCAAUAUCCUACACUCGAAGAAUACAUAGAUAUGAUAUUACCCAAGAAAGAUGCAUUAAGAAUUGUAAAGUGGUGUGUAUUAUUCUAUAUUAAAUUACUGUUUAUAUUCUUUUUUUAUUGUUGUAAAAUUAUUAUUUAGUCAAGAUCAUAUCGAAAUAAUUGUUAAUUCGGCCGGUGACUGUUUAUUUUUCCGACAUAGAAACGGCCCUUGGCUGCCAACACUAAAGCUUCUUCAUAAAUGUAAGUAUAUAUAGUUUUUAGAGAGUGUUAUAGUGUAACUAGAUUUGAUUUAAAUAAUGUAAAAUACUUUUAUUUAUAUAGAUUAAUCUUCCAAAAACAAAAAUUAUUUAUUAUUAUGUCAUAAUUAUUUAAAUUUGUAAUCUAUUAAUUUGGUUAAAAUAUCAAAUUUGAUUGAUUAUAAAACAAAUCUACUAACAACUUAAAAUUAUGUAAACAUUUAUUUUUUUUAUAGACCCGUUCUUCCUUCCUAAAGAACAAGUGGACUUGGGUGCCAUUAAAUUUGUAAUGAGUGGUGCCAACAUUAUGUGUCCAGGUUUGACUUCUCCCGGAGCAAAAAUUGAACCUGUUCCUCAAAAUACAAUUGUAGUAAGUAUUCAUUAAAUUGCAUAUUUUACAUUCAUAUUUAUUAGGGGCAUUCUUGAUACAUUAUUUAUUAAUAAACCGGGUACUGAGUAUUAGGCGAGUAAUAAUAUGUGUAAAUGCAGGGUACCAAGUAGUCGCCAGGAUACGGAUACUAUAUAUAAUAUCAGGUACCUGGUUCUGAUUCAAUGACCGGGUACCCGUAACAUUUUUAAUAAUUAUAUUUUUAAAAUUGUUAUAUUAUAAAUGCAAAGUUUUUGAUGAAUAGUAUACCUAUUAUUAUCUAUUUGCAAAGGUUUUGGUUAAAGUGAGGAGAUGGAAAGGAAAGAAUUUAUUUUUAAGUCUUCGAAGUCUAGGAGGACACUUUAUGGUCUUCUCAAGAAUAAUUAAGGAUAAUGCAAAUAAUUAAGUACCUACUAAGAGCUAUUAGCUAAGCUCCCUAGCCACAAGCCAGUAGUAACUAGGUCAUUGCCCAAUUCAAAAUUAAGUUUAAAUAGCAAACAAAAUAUAAUAUAUAUUGUAUUAUAAUAUUCCGGAACGUCCCUAAUAUUUAUCUUAAAUCUUUGUAGCUACUCAAAAUAUAUAUUUUUAUUGCUUAUUUGGUCUGAUAAAGUGAUAACUAUGUUUUUUUUUCUGUGCAAUAUUUACCAAUACUUUCUUUUUUUACCAAUAUUUAUUUAGGCUGUAAUGGCAGAAGGAAAGCAACAUGCACUCGCAGUUGGAAUAACAAGUCUUUCUACGGAUGAUAUGUAAUUCCAUAGUUGCCACAUUAUAAUACUUACAUUAUAAUUUUGAUAAAAAAUAUUUUUUUUUUUUUUAAAUUUCAGAUUAAAGGUGAAUAAAGGAGUUGGUAUUGAAAACUGUCACUAUUUGAAUGAUGGUCUUUGGCAAAUGAAACCUGUAAAGUAAUACAAAAAGUGUUGUAAAGAAAUUGUAUCAAAUAAGUACGAAUUAUUUCAAAAAUCGUAAUUUCAAUAAAAACAUAUACCCUGAAUGUUUAACUCAUAUGGAAGAUACAAUUUUGAAGUUGUUAUGAUAAUAAAUAAAUGGGAGUUGUAUCUCUUAUAUUACUUGUGUUUAGUUUUUUUUUUUUCUUAAGUUAUUAGAAUAAAAGAAACGUUACAUAUUUCAAUAUUAUUAUUCAAUUUCAUUUUGUCAAUGUUAAAU